UCUCUUCUCUGAUUCAAAUGCUCAUUUCAAAAGUGGACCCAGCCGGUCAUCUCCCUGGCCUUCAGAGUCCCCCUCAGACCCUGAAGUCCUCCUGUCCAUCUGGAGUCCCAAGAGGCUGCAGCCAUGCCCUCCUCCCCACUCAGGGUGGCCGUGGUCUGCAUGAGCAAUGUCAACAGGAGCAUGGAAGCCCAUCGUGUCCUCAGCAAGAAUGGGUUCCAUGUCAGGUCUUUUGGAGCCGGAUCCCACGUGAGGCUCCCAGGAGGGGCACACAAGCCACCCGUGCUCUACGACUUCUCCACGUCCUACAAGAAGAUGCACAGCGACCUCUCCUCUAAAGACCAAAAGCGCUACAAAAGGAAUGGAGUCUUACACAUCCUGAAAAGAAAUGAGAGAAUCAAGCCUGGCCCAGAAAGGUUUCAAGAGUGCCCAGAUCCCUUUGAUAUCAUCUUCACCUGUGGGCAGAGGGCCUAUAACCGAGUGGUGGCCGACCUGUGCGCCAGGGAUCAGGAGACCUGGCAGCCUGUACCGGUCGUCAACGUGGACAUAGACGACACCCUGGAGGCAGCCAGCUUUGGAGCCUCGAUCAUCUGUGAGCUCUGCCAGGGUCUCCAGCAGGCAGACGACAUGCAAAGUCGUCUGGCCGAGCUGCUCCAGGCAGCGAAGGAGAAAACAGGAAGGAGCUUUCUGCACACGGUCUGCUUCUACUGAGGAAGCAUCUUGGCUGGUUUCAGCUCCUUUGUCGGCCAUCUCUGUAUGAUCUGUUGUCAGGUACACCCCACCCAGUGAAGGAGGUGGAGGAGGAGAGCAUCACAUGGCACGGGGAACAUGGAACACCCAUAGACAUGCCAACACUUCCAAUGUGGGGAACAAUGGUGUGGAACUGGACCUUGAAGGAAGAACUCAGUGCUCACAUGGUUCUGCAAGGAGGUUAAUCUCGAGGACUCUCUUUACUGGAUGGACUAUCAAGGCUGAUCACAGAGCCUGGGACAAGCAAUGCAGUGAAGGAUAUUCUGAGAAAAAGGAACAGUGUCUAUUUUAUUGAUCUAUAUGGAUACUAAUUUCCUUUUGUCCUUUCAGCAUGGUGUGUUGAUAGGACAGAUUGUUUUUUCUUAAGUGGGAUGGGAUACAUUGAGUGGAAAUUAUAUUGAAUUGGAAAUAUUUUUGCAUUUAGAUUGUAUGUCUUUGACGAAUGCCUGCUUUAUUAGAAACUCAGUGUAGAUCAUGUGUAGCUUUUUUGGGGAAAAUCCAAGCAUGAUUUUUUUAAUCAAAUAGCUCAUUUAUGAAAUAAGAUUAUAAAUUGGUGUAGUCCGUGGUCACAUUUAUUACUAAAAUCCAAGCCCUAUCUGUUGAAGUAUGUAGCUUGUUUAAAUAAAACAAAA